AAUUUUCGACAGGAAAUGGCGAAGAGUCAGAGCUAGCGACUACGCUUUCGGGGUCCCAAUGAAGGAAUGGUGGAGACUAGCCUGAGUUAAAAGAUAUUAUAUUCAGUGUCAAUGCUUGUACUAACUAGUAGAUAGGUAGACAAGAGUUGGCUCUGCUCGAGUCAUGCAAGUCAGUCCUGAGUCACAGCCACAUCCAGGAAUAAAAAUUAGACUCAAAGUACGCCGUAAGAGUCAUAGUUUUUAUAGAGUCAAAAGUCGGAGUCAGAAUCGGGGUAAGUGCUUAGCUAUACAGACGAAGUACAGAAUCCUAGCCCUACCUGGUACAUAUAUAAGAAUUCACAUGUAUAGGGAUAGAUAUCCAAUUCCUCAGCAUCCAAACAGUCCCUCUACUCUUUUCAAAGCACACUCUAAAACCCUCGUUAUACCUAGUUCUAAUUCACAUUCACAUCUCACAAUGCCUGGAGGAUUUCCCAAUUUCCGCAACACCCCAGGACAGGACCAACUGAGCUAUGUCCGUCAAGCCCGCGAGAAAGAGAGCAUCGAGAAUGCCUCUAUCGACAGCCGCCAAUCAACUUUGUACUGUGCCCCCCACGAGCAGAAAAGUGGGUUGAAGAAGCUGUUGCAGUCCGCCAAAACUGGUGCGUAACACCUGCCGCGACCUGACUUGACUUGCUUGACUU